UCGUCCACAUGGUGUGCAGCGGCAGGGUGGUGGCCGGUGCCAAGGCGGACGAGAGAGGAGCAUUCACCAUGAACAUGGGAACGAUCACCUCGUCGCUGCUCGCCCCUCUGCUCGGCAACCAGUGCAAGGUGGUGGUGGUCACCCCGCUAGCCGCGUGCAACGCGUCCCUGGCCAGCGUCACCGGGACGCUGGCCGCACCGGUGCAGCUCCUGGAUGCUGAUAGCGGCGGCGGCCUGGGAGGACUUGGCAGCCUGAUUGGCCUCAUCGGCCAGAUCGUGGGCGGCCUCCUCGGUGGCAUCCUUAACAUCAUCCCUUUGCCCUUCUCCGUCGUCUAGAUGCAUGCUACAUCGAUCACCGGCCGGCGCCCUUAUCCAUCCAUGGCACGGCUGAAUUAUAACUACGUAAGGAGGAAUCAAUACGUACGUAUAUAGGACCAACCUACCGAUGGACCCAACUAUAUGUCCCCGCUUUAUUAUGUGUGUAUGUAAAUCUACUCCUGUGGUGUACGUACUACGUAUGUGUAUGUUUUACCGCUAAGAGGCACAUAAGUAAACCAAUAGUAUUGCGUAAUACUCUGAGAGUGUGUCGUGUAAUAUAAGCGAUGUUCGUUUGUGCAAAAUAAAGCUACGUGUGUGAUUGUAAAUGUGAUUGGUUAAUUAACUGCUUAUAUAUCAGCUUACUUCUCCGUGG